GUUCAAUUUACUUUCUGUAAAAACCGGUGUAGUGUCAAAGUUAAGCAUGUUCGGACAGCGUUUCCUUUGCUGCAAUAACCGCGUUUCUCUUCUGUAAUUGUGAUAAGGAAUCAGAUGACAGUACUCUCACUUGCAGUCCAAACAUCAUCAUGCUUCCACCAGGGAGUAAAGAGUUUAUGGUCCGGAUACGGUUCUUCUGGCGUCCAUUGUUCCAAGGCAGGAACCUACUGCUCACAAACACACUGAGUGCAGGAGGCAUGCUGGCACUGGCAGACGUGCUGCAGCAGAGCCGGGAGACCCGCAAGGAGCCAGGCAGGGUCCGCAACUGGAAAAGGACAGGUCACAUGUUUCUGGUUGGCUGCUCCCUGGGUCCAAUGAUGCACUACUGGUACGGUUGGCUGGACAGAGUAUAUGUGGGCAACGCUCUGAAAACAGUCGGAAAGAAAGUGAUGGUGGACCAGCUGAUCGCCUCACCAACAAUGGCGUUAUGGUAUUUUGUGGGUAUGGAUGUCAUGGAGGGACACACUUUACCUGAGGCAUGGGCGGAGUUUAAAGACAAGUUCUGGGAACUCUAUAAGGCGGACUGGUGUGUUUGGCCUGCUGCUCAGAUGAUCAACUUCUACUUCCUGUCGCCCAAAUACCGAGUGUUGUACAUGAACUUUAUCACCUUAGGGUGGGACACGUACCUGUCCUACCUCAAACACAGAGUUGACAGCCCCCCAACUGCAGAGUCAUCAGACAGCAGUGAUGUUGAUGCACAGCAAGAGGGGCUCCCAGAAUCCAAACCUCUGGAACAGAAAGCGUAGAGAUGGAGUCGGUGCUUGUUGGUAAAACUCAAGGACAACAAAGUAUCUGCUGGUUUAGUCUGUUCAUACUGAUGGUUGGAGCUUUUAUGUGUGACUGUGUCUGUACUCAGAGGAUUUGUGGAUGAUGAAGUAGAAGUGCUGGAACACUUUGCCUUCAUGUCUGUAGAGUUUUAGUGUGUCUCCGUCCAGUGUGUUUGUUUAAUUUCUGUUUGAAUAAUGUGCAUUCAGGGAUUAAAAGCUGUGUCACUGCCCAUAAUGAUAAACCAUCUGCUGGUAGUCACUUCCUUUUUAAUACAACAUUGAGUUGCUAACUGCUAUCAUUAACAUGAUGUUCAACAAACCACUGAACGGACGAAUCAUUUUAAAAACUUGAAGAAAAAAAAUCUGUUGUCUUUUUUGUGAUCGGCACUGUGCACACUGUGACAGGGAGACAUUCCUUUCAAUCCUGUGCCAUUAUUUGGUUUCUGGUUUGACAUGAAAUAAUAAUAAUAGAAUAAUUAUAUCAUAGUAACCAGCAUUAGCUUUGCCUUAAUAUGUAGAGAUUUGCUACAAAGUGUUUGAAUGCCAAAUAAUCUUUCUGCUCCUGUGAAAUAACCGCAUGAUUGUCAUUUGUAUUACAUAUAAGAUCCUCUAUAUUUUUAUCAUUUCAAACUGAAUCCUGACGUGUGUUUAAACUUGAUUUGUGACAUGCUGCAGAUGUGAAGUUGUUUUCAAAAUGAAGUGUAACACUAGUGACUGUAAUGUAACCUGUUAUACUUUAUAUCUCAAGCAGCUUAGAUUCUAAGUUAUGGCACGUUAGAUUAUACAUUUUAUCCUGAUGAAAAAAAUAUUAUUCAAUGGAGCAAUAUUUAUAUUUAUCAUAGUGCUGCUAAUUAAUGAUGUAAUAUAUUUUACACAAAAAUUGUUCAGCAAAAAUGUACGCGAGAGUUUUUACAUUGAGCGAAGAACUUUGAAAGACGAGCAUAAGCUCUAUAAGGUCCUUAUGGUUUUGUAUGAUGAUUAAAAUGUUUUUUAUGUUGAAUUUCUCAAAUGCAUGGCACUUAAAAAAAUAAAUGAAAUUCAUUUCAAAUGAAAUGGUCUAAAAAACCAAAACAAUAAAUAUGAGAGAGAUUGUU